AUGUUGUUAUCCCGUUGUUUAGACUUGAUUUGUUCUUCAAAGAGUUCUUUGUUUCUUAGCAAUCACAAACAUUUCAAAGUAUGCCUCUAUUUGAUUUUAAGUAACUGUGCCAAAACCGAUAAAGAGCGGAAAAAAGCUGUUGAAGAUAUAGCAAGGGCUUUGACUGCUCUUCGGGAGCUGCUGACGGAUAAGUCAGAUACUCGAUUGACUGGCAAAGAACGUGAUUCAGAAUUAUCGAACUCUGAACGAGCACGAAUUAAUGAAAUCAUAACAGAUGUAACUCAUGAAAUCAUCAACCUCAAUCUUUUGCCGCUUCUUGUAAACAAUUUGGAUGUCAUCGAGUUUGAGAGUUCUAAACAUAUCGUUGAUCUUUUCGGCCAUAUUAUGAGGCGACAGGUAGGAUCUUAUAAUCCUGCAGCUCAAUAUCUUUUGGCUAACUCUCAAAUUUUAAUAUCUAUUCUUCAAGGAUACUCCAAACCUGACACUGCUAUACACUAUGGUGCAAUGCUUCGGGAUGCAUGCCGACAUGAAUCUUUAGCCAAAGUUGUUCUUCGUUCACCAGAAUUUUAUCAGUUAUUUGAACACGUACAAGGCACAGCAUUUGAUGUGAGCUCAGAUGCUUUCGCUACAUUGAAAGAUUUGCUUACUCGUCAUAAGGCGCUUGUAGCAGAUUUUCUAACAGUUAAUUAUGAUGUCUUUUUCGACCAUUAUAUGCAUAUGAUUUUAUCAGAUAAUUACGUCACAAAAAGGCAAGCAUUAAAGUUGUUAGGAGAGCUUUUACUUGAUCGGCAUAACAUCUCAAUAAUGACCAAGUAUAUUGCAGAUCCGGAAAACCUCAAAGUCAUUAUGAAUAUGUUGAAAAGUAAAGAAAAGCAAAUUGCUUUUGAAGCGUUUCAUUGUUUUAAGGUGUUUGUUGCAAAUCCAAACAAGCCACCAGCUGUUCAUAUGAUUCUAUUUCGUAAUCAGGAAAAAUUACUAUCCUUUCUGACAGAUUUUCAAACUGAGCGUACAGAUGAUGGUCAAUUCAAUGAUGAAAAACAGUAUUUGAUCAAACAAAUCAGAGAAUUAAAACCAGUGCCUAUUUCGUCUAAUCCAAAUCCCACCUAA